UUAUCCAUCUCGAGUAAAAACGCGUAAUUAUCGAAUACAAAGAUUUAUUUGAAAAAUCUACCCGAAAUAAAGUAUCAUUUGAGCGGUAUAAAUAGAAUUCAUAAAUUAUUCGUUCGUCGACGGUCUAUGAGGGUCACGUAUACCACGGCGAAGAAGUCACCGCUAUUCAGUGCCACCUACGUGCUCGAAUCAGUGUCUCGCGAGCCGAGCAAAUUUCCAAACGCGAUAUGAGCAAGGAUAUCCCUGGCUUCGGAACCUCUACGAAGGAUUUUUAGUUUCGGUUAAAUGUCGUUCCGUGUGCAUUGAUCUGUAGGUCUGUUUUCACGCGUAUUUGUGUUUUCGUUGGUUCGACAGGGGUGUGGCGAUAGACGCGAAGCUUCCUCCGGUACAAUGACGCAGAUAUGUAGUUUGUUUAACCGAUCGUUAUCUCGGGCGGAAAAAGUGUGCUAUUAAUGUACGUUAACCACCGUUUCGUGGUGACAGUGCGUACGUGUCUCGCAUGAUUGUUGCCCAUCUAUACGAGUUGGUCUCGAUGAGCCAAGAGGAAAGAUUCGAAUUAUUUUUGAAAUGUCAAAACAAAGCCGAGGAAUAAUUUAGAUUGUUACUACCUGAUCGAACAAAAAUACAGUUCCGAGUGUAAUCGUACGGUUGAUUUCUAUCUUUUUAAUUCGGCGUUGAUCUUUGCUCUGUUUUCCUGUUCGAUCCAAUUUAAUUGUAUUAUUUCCUCAUAUUUCGAGCUGGCUAUUGUCUCACUUCUAAUUUCGUUUACCUAAUCGUUACACAACUUGUUUAAUAGGUGGUGACGUACGGAUGGAUAAUGCCGGAAGUAAUUAUUAAAUAAUCGGUGUCGAGAGGCUAUGGAAUGUACGAAAAUAAAUAUUUUGCGUGAACGCGUCUCGCGAAAUAAUGUAUGAAUAACAGUGUAAGAUUACUAUUUAACGUGUAAUGAAAUUUGAUAUUGGUCAGUUUUUGUUUCCUGUAAUGUAAUUUAAUACAAUACAUGGUCAGGGCCGGUACUAGUGUUACCAACGCCUCGUUGGUGAUUUCGAAUUUAAGCAACCCUUCCAACUCGUAUUACAAAUUAAAAACAAGUGGAACCUGAGUAGUUGAUUACUACCAAGCAUACGCAGUAUUAUAAUUACAUGAGUACCUCCCUCGUCAGUUGUGUUUCCCUAUCGUCGGUUAAAUAUGGUUCGAAUCAACGAAGUAAUGUGAGAGACGUUUAAUUUAGCAAACAACAACAUGGAAAUAGCGAGUUCUAAGGUGAUACAAUGGUACAACGAACUCAGAUCUCAACUUCAUCUUUAUUUGCACGCUCAAAAUCUUGGUCCAAUAAGAGCGGAAAAUGGAGGAUCUCAAGGUGACGAUCAGCGCUUCUCGCGACAGAGCGACAACAAUGAAGAGAGGGUGGUUUUUAUUAAUGCCCCGCAUCAACCCGCGAAAUACAAAAAUAAUCGCAUUUCCACCGCGAAAUAUUCAUUUCUUUCGUUUAUACCUAUGUUCCUUUUUGAACAAUUUCGCCGGUACAGUAAUUGUUUCUUCCUGUUCAUUGCCCUUAUGCAGCAAAUACCAGAUGUGUCACCAACAGGACGAUACACAACUUUGGUUCCAUUAAUUUUUAUUCUUAGUGUAUCUGCAUUGAAAGAGAUAGUGGAAGACAUUAAAAGGCAUAGAGCAGAUGAUGAAAUAAACAUGAGAGAAGUGGAAGUUUUGAGAAAUAGUCAAUGGCAGUGGAUCCAAUGGCGAAAUGUUGCAGUAGGUGAUGUUGUUAAGGUCCACAACAACAAUUUCUUCCCUGCCGAUUUAAUCUUGUUGUCAUCAUCGGAGCCACAAGGUAUGUCUUUCAUAGAGACUGCCAAUUUGGAUGGAGAAACAAACUUGAAGAUUCGGCAAGCCCAUCCUGACACUGCCAGUCUCUUGGAUACCGCGGAAUUAAUGAAUUUUCAUGCGAAUAUCCAAUGUGAAUCACCGAAUAGACAUCUGUAUGAAUUUCAUGGAGUGUUACGAGAAACUAAUAAACAGAGCGUAGCUCUGGGACCCGAUCAGGUAUUGCUUCGUGGUGCAAUGCUAAGGAAUACGCGUUGGGUGUUUGGUGUUGUAAUCUAUACAGGACAUGAUACUAAACUUAUGCAAAACAAUACCACAACCGCUCCUUUAAAAAGAUCCACAUUAGACAGACUGACCAAUACCCAAAUACUCAUGUUAUUCUUUAUACUUCUUUUACUGUGCCUUCUAUCCGCAGUGUGUAACGUUUUGUGGACAAAAGCUAAGAUCGACGGAUUGUGGUAUUUAGGUUUACAAGAGGAAACAACUAAAAACUUUGCUUUUAAUCUUCUAACAUUUAUUAUUUUAUUUAACAAUUUAAUACCAAUUUCGCUGCAAGUUACAUUAGAAGUUGUAAGAUUUGUUCAAGCCACGUUUAUUAAUAUGGACAUUGAAAUGUAUCAUGCGGAAACGGAUACUCCCGCAAUGGCUCGUACAAGUAAUCUUAACGAAGAACUUGGUAUGGUUAACUAUGUCUUUACUGAUAAAACUGGAACACUUACAAAAAAUGUAAUGGAAUUUAAACGAUGUUCGAUUGGCGGCAAGGUGUACGAUUUGCCAAAUCCUUCAUAUGAUAAUGGAGAUGGUAGUAAUAUUAACAGUGAACUAGUUAAAGAUAUUGUUGAAGGACGAUUAGUGCAAGAUUCUCCUCGUCCUGGUGAUAAGAAAAUUGCAAACCAUGCAAUGGUACUGCAUGAGUUUAUGAUUAUGCUUUCAGUGUGUCAUACUGUUAUUCCUGAAAAAAUUGAUGAUACUAUAAUUUAUCAUGCUGCGUCUCCAGAUGAAAGGGCACUAGUAGAUGGAGCACGUAAAUUUAAUUACGUGUUCGAUACUAGAACGCCGAGUUAUGUGGAAGUAAUAGCACUGGGUGAAAGACUUCGAUUCGAAGUAUUAAACGUGAUAGAAUUCACGUCGGCUAGAAAAAGAAUGUCGCUGAUUAUAAAAACGCCAGAAGGAAAAAUUAAACUCCUUUGCAAAGGAGCAGAUUCCAUUAUUUACGAAAGACUAUGCCCAGCUCCCGUAGAAAAUAGUGAUCCGGAUCAGAUUAGUUUAGACGACUUCCGAGAUGCGACUUUGGAACAUUUAGAAAUGUUCGCAACUGAAGGUUUAAGGACGCUUUGUUUUGCUAUUGCUGACAUACCUGACAAUUUUUAUCAAUGGUGGCGUGAAACUUAUCAUAAUGCAACAAUCAGUAUGGGAAAUCGUGAAAAAAUGAUUGAGAAUGCUGCAAAUCUUAUUGAAACAAAAUUAAGAUUAUUAGGAGCCACUGCUAUUGAAGAUCAAUUACAGGAUCAGGUACCGGAGACAAUACAAUCUCUUUUACAAGCUGAUAUUAAUGUGUGGGUACUGACUGGAGAUAAACAGGAAACUGCCAUUAAUAUUGGCUACUCUUGUAGAUUGAUUACUCAUGGAAUGCCAUUGUACAUCAUUAAUGAGUCGUCGUUAGAUAAAACAAGAGAGGUUAUAAUACAACGCUGUCUCGAUUUUGGGAUUGAUUUAAAAUGUCAAAAUGAAGUAGCACUUAUUAUAGAUGGAAAUACACUAGAAUAUGCAUUAUCCUGUGAUAUUAGAAUGGACUUUCUGGAUUUAUGUUCGUCUUGUAAAGUCGUUAUUUGUUGUAGAGUUUCGCCGAUGCAGAAAGCUGAGGUAGUUGAUUUGAUUACAAGUAAUAAGAAAGCCGUAACGCUUGCAAUUGGAGAUGGCGCAAAUGAUGUAGCCAUGAUUCAGAAAGCCCAUAUUGGUGUGGGAAUUUCUGGCGUUGAAGGUCUUCAAGCAGCAUGUGCUUCUGACUAUUCUAUCGCACAGUUUCGUUUUCUGAAACGCCUAUUGUUUGUACAUGGUUCUUGGAACUAUAGUAGGAUGUGUAAACUGAUAUUAUACUCGUUUUACAAAAAUAUCUGUCUGUAUGUUAUUGAAUUGUGGUUCGCUAUUUAUUCCGGCUGGUCCGGACAGAUUCUUUUUGAAAGAUGGUCUAUAGGACUUUACAAUGUUGUCUUUACAGCAGCACCUCCAUUAGCUAUGGGACUUUUUGAUAAAGUAUGUUCCGCGGAAACGCAUUUAGCUCACCCGGGACUGUAUGCUACUAAGAAUACUGGAGAAUCGUCAUUUAAUAUUAAGGUGUUUUGGGUAUGGAUCAUUAAUGCUUUACUACAUUCAUCUCUCCUCUACUGGUUAUCGUUAAUGGCUCUAAAGGAAGAUGUAAUAUGGGGAAACGGUAGAGACGGUGGAUACAUCGUCUUGGGAAAUUUUGUGUAUACUUAUGUUGUAGUGACGGUAUGCGGAAAGGCGGGAUUAAUAAUAAAUUCUUGGACGUGGGUCACUCAUUUAGCAACGUGGGGAUCUAUUUUGCUUUGGUUCUUAUUUAUUUUUAUAUAUAGUAAUUUCUGGCCUGCAUUAAAUGUGGGUGCCGUAAUGGUAGGCAAUGAUAGAAUGCUGUUUUCUUCGCCUGUCUUUUGGUUGGGUUUGGUACUUAUACCGUUAGCAGUAUUGCUUCUGGAUGUUACCGUUAAAGCAGUGAAAAAUACGGUGUGGAAGUCCGUCACCGCGGCAGCCAGAGAAAACGAGAUCAGAAAGUCGGACCCUGGAGACAUAUUCAACAGUCACGACUACAGAAGCUCAUGGAUUUGCAUUCUCUCAAGAGGAAGGAGGCUCGGUGACCCAGACGGACGUGAUCAGAGCUUACGACACAAAUCUUCCGAAACCUGGCGGCAUGUGAUCUUAAUAAUAGCGAAAGAACUUCAAAGAUGUUAUAUUAUAAACAAGGUACCUCUUCUCAAGCCGAUCAAGAAACCGAAAAAUAGAUGCGUUUCGGGAACCUCGGUACUCCGCCAAGCCCUACGUAACGCCUGUCUACGUUUCACGACUGAAUCGAUGUUUUAGCUCGUCUGCCUCUUGAACAGGGGCUUAAAUGGUUUUUGAUCGACGAUGGGCCUCAAAACGAAUAGUAUUAGCAAGACUAUCAAAACGACGAUCCAAUUCGUUCGAUGAAAUUAUAAACACGGUAACCGCGCGCGCGAAGAACAGAUAGGGAACUCCGACUAUAUCCUAGAUAAUUCUUUUUGAUACUCUAUGAGAUUUAUUGUAUUUAUAGCGUUACCUCGAACCUGGUCUUGUGAAACCUUAUAUAUAUAUAUAUGUAUACUCGUCCGUGAUAACUCUUGUUGCUAUCGUGCAUUUUUCGAUGCAGUGCAUUUGUCAGCGCAUUUCACUUUCGUUUGAAAAUUAUAGGGAGUGUCCCUUUGCUGGGACGCGCUUCGAAUUUUCGUUUAAUUUUUUUUCGUAGACCAACGGGAACGCACGUUUUUGAAAAGAGAAAUUGAUUGGAAGAAGGAGGAACCACGAAGAUCAUACGAUAGGUAGCGAAAUUUGAUUGUCCAGCUGGCGAUACGUAAGGCGAGUUCAGUAUUCAAUCGUGAACGUUUCUUUUAAACGUGUACUACAUAAAUUAGAAAGAAAAAAAAUAGAAAGAGACGGUGUAUCAACAGUCGUACAAAAAUCUGUCGUCGAGCACAUUUUCGAGUACAGGCUCCCCAUGGAAAGUAAUAAAUUAUAUUUUUCAAACGAAGCAAAGUAUAUAUUGCAGCUCCUGUCGAUCGCGAUCGUAGGAGGACCACGUUCAAGAUCGUGCCAGAAAAAGACUGUUCCCACUUGUCCUACGUCGUUCGAUAGAUUUCAUUAGUUGUUUUACUUUUUACCGUCGACUAUGUAUAUUUUAUUAUUGUACAUACGAUGAUUGCGUUGUUAUCUAGUCAAAGAAUUUAAUGUGGACAUUUCCGUACGUGGAUCACUCUUCCGCCCAUCGCGAAUACUCAUUUUUUUAAGUUUACGACUGAUCGAAUUUUAAUAGAGAAAUGAUACGUGCAUAUGUAUAGCAACAAUUAUAUAAAUAUAUCUAUAUUCUGUUCGGAAUAAAAUGAUGAUGGAAGAAACUUGGUUAUCUUUUCGCAAACUGUUCGAUAUAUGGUUAGGCCCGUUCGGGUAUGCUUUCGAGAAAAUCUUGUACAAGUGGAUCAGAAAUUUUUAUUAAAACGAUAAUAAGUAUGCCAGUACAAAGCACAUGUAGAUACACUGUUCCAGCAAGCGAUUGAUGUAUAUAAAAUGUAUAUAUAUAUAUAAAUUUACUUAAUUUCUACAAUUCUU